AUGAUCAUUUUAGCAUAUCCAAAUCCCCAUAAUCCUGAUACAGAAAUACAUACGACAGGAUCUUUUGUAAGAGUGGUCAAAAGAAGAACAACAGCGAAUAAAAAAGAAAGACGAAGAACCCAGUCCAUUAAUAUGGCCUAUGCAGAUUUGAGAGACUGUAUUCCCAAUGUACCAGCAGAUACCAAAUUAUCAAAGAUAAAAACUUUAAGACUGGCUACAUCCUAUAUCUCCUACCUGACCCAUGCUUUGGAGACGGAUGACCCAGCUGGCGGGUUUAAAGCGGAAAUUGGAACGAUUUCAAGAAAAUCAAACAAUCAAAUAAACUUGAGCAACUCCGCUCAAGUUAACGGCUGUACGGUGGAACACAUUACUCCUGAAAGCGUUAAUUCGGUCGAAAUAUAG